AUGGGCUGCUCGUCGAGCAAGCCGGACGCUACGGCCGCGCAGAAGCAGGCUGGAGCUCCGGAGCAGGCUGGGCCUCCGGAUGCGGAUACCAAGGACACCAGGGCGGCGGCUGCAAAGGAUGCCUUCGCGACUGUCGACAAGUCAGGAGACGGUAAGGUCUCGAUGCCCGAGGCGAAGAAGGCGCUCGAGGCAGCCUUCCCAAAGCUCGGUAAGUAUGUCGCCAAGGCCUUCCUGGCGUCGGACGACGACGGCAGCUUCUAUCUCGACCGGGAGGAGUACGAGGCGGUGCACGCAUGCCUCGCCUCGUUUGCUGCGGUCGACACGAGCGCCGACGGCAAGGUGAGCGUGAUGGAGGCGAAAGCGGCCCUCGCAGCCGAGUUCGCCGCGGUGACGAUCCCGACCACCUUCUUCUUGACGUCCGAUGCAGACGGCGAUUUUUACCUCUCCUUGCCGGAGCUCGUCGGGUUGCGGCAAUCGGUCGCCGCGUAUGCGGACGCUGACAAGAGCGGCGACGGAAAGAUCUCGAUGCCGGAGGCCAAGAAGCUGCUCGUCGCGCGCUUUCCAAGGCGCGCAAACACGGUCGCCGAGUUCUUCCUCGCGGCAGACGAGACGAAAGACUUUUAUCUCUCGCUGGUCGAAUUCUCGUCGCUCAUGCGCACCUUCGCGUCCUUUACGAAGGCCGACCGCAGUGGCGACGGCAAGGUCUCACUGCCUGAAGCCAAGAAGGCCGUCGCGAAUGAUUUCGGUGAGGGGCCGCUCAAGAAGCUCACUGCGCUUUUCAUGGAGUACGACGGAAAGGGCGGCGACUUUUACUUGCAGCCCAAGGAGUACUAUGCGCUGCAUAAGGCGCUUGCGGCGUAG